ACUCUGCGUUCAUCGUUCUUCUUCCCCAAAAUCCCACAACCCCUGAAAACAAAUUGGGGUCAAAUUUCACCCAUUCACCACUUACUCACCAUCUCUGUCUUUCCAAAUUGAAACUCACAAAUCCUUUCAUAUUCAUCUGCAAUCCAGAAUAAGGCUUCAGUUCAUGCCGGCGAGAGAGUUCCAGAUCGAUUCCUCUUCCGACACCGGCGAUAUUUUAUGAAGAAAAUAUACUCUAGUUCCGUGAUUGUCUGUGUUAGUGUCUGGAUUCGGCUAUAACCUACUCCGCCCUCAUUCUCGCCAGGCCACAAGAACGUCAUUGUCUGUCUCGGUGUCAUGAUUCAUUCAACUCUGCAAAGGUAUCACCCUCGUCCUAGCUGCAUUGUACCUUGUUUUCAACUUCUUCCUUUCUGCUAUCACCUACCUCACCCUUAUUUUCGCCAGAAUCCAACAAAGAAGAGUAUCAGUGGAACAAUUGAGAGCAAAACAAUCAAGGUAAUUGUUCGUGGCCGGAUUCUUCUUUUUUCUGCAUACCCUUUUUGUGAUCAUGUUUUGCAUCAAAGAAAUGGCCAAAAAGGAAGAGUUAUACACAAAUCUCUUACGAGCAUAUGCACAAGACUCAAACUUUCUGAAAGGAACAUCAAUUCACGCUCAUUUCAUCAAAGGGUAUAUCCCUUUUACACCUUUUCUCCAAAACCAUUUGCUCAACAUGUAUAUAAAAAUCCGGGACCUUACUUCUGCACUCCAACUGUUUGAUGAAAUGCCAGAUAGAAACGUGGUGUCAUGGUCUGUUGUCAUGGCUGGUUGCAUUCGGAAUGGCAGUUCUUCACAAGCUCUUUCUUUGUUUUCCAGCAUGCACCGUGAGGGAGUCACGAAACCGAAUGAGUUUACAUUUGUGAGUGCUCUCCAAGCUUCUUCGUUAACCGAGAAUGAGACGCAGGCUUACCAGAUUUAUUCGUUAGUGGUUCGGUCAGGACUUGAGUCUAAUGUAUUUUUGCUGAACGCGUUUUUGACAGCUUUAGUUAGGCAUGGUAAAUUGACAGAAGCCUUGCGAAUUUUUGAGACGAGUCCUAUUAGAGAUAUUGUGACAUGGAAUACUAUGAUAGGGGGUUACUUGCAGUUUUCUUGUGAACAGAUUCCGGUAUUUUGGCGCUACAUGAUUUGUAAGGAUGUGAGGCCGGACGAGUUCACUUUUUCCAGUGGUUUAACGGGGUUGGCUGCCAUCUCCUAUCUUGAAAUGGGAAUACAGGUUCAUGCAGAGCUUGUUAAAAGUGGUUAUGGGGAUGAUAUCUGUGUAGGGAACUCUUUAGUUGACAUGUAUAUAAAAAAUCAAAAGUUGGAGGAGGGUUUCAAAGCUUUUGAUGAGAUGCCUAACAAAGAUGUAUGCUCUUGGACACAAAUGGCGGAUGGAUGUUUACGGUGGGGGGAACCAAGAAAGGCGCUUGCGGUCAUUGUACAAAUGAAGAAAAUGAGUGUUGAGCCAAAUAAAUUUACCUUGGCAACUGCUCUAAAUGCUUGUGCUUGUUUGACUUCAUUGGAGGAAGGGAAACAGUUUCAUGGCUUGAGGAUGAAACUUGGAAGUGACGUUGAUGUUUGUGUUGAUAAUGCUCUUCUUGAUAUGUAUGCAAAAUGUGGAUGCAUGGAUAGUGCACGGGCACUUUUUCAAUCGAUGAAUUCUCGUUCUGUUAUCUCAUGGACAACAAUGAUAAUGGCGUGUGCACAAAAUGGUCAAUCUAGAGAAGCUCUUCAAAUUUUUGAUGAAAUGAGGGAAACGAGUGUAGUACCAAAUUACAUCACAUUCAUUUGUGUUCUUUAUGCAUGUAGUCAAGGUGGGUUUGUUGAUGAAGGGUGGAAGUAUUUUUCCUCCAUGAAUAAUGACUACGGAAUCUUUCCCGGAGAAGAUCACUACAUUUGCAUGGUAAGUAUCCUAGGUCGGGCCGGGCUUAUCAAAGAAGCUAAGGAGUUAAUCUUACGAAUGCCAUUUCAACCUGGUGUGCGAGUUUGGCAAACAUUGCUAAGUGCUUGUCAGGUUCACGGGGAUGUAGAAACCGGGAAAGUUGCAGCAGAACAUGCCAUAAAACAUGACAAAAAUGACCCGUCAUCCUAUGUAUUAUUGUCUAACAUGUUAGCUGAAUCAAGCAAUUGGGAUGGUGUGGUGAGUCUGAGAGAACUAAUGGAGGUAAGGAAUGUAAAGAAAAUACCAGGAUCCAGUUGGAUUGAUAUUGAAAAGAUUUAAUUAUCAGGAACACAUUACACAUGGUUGAAGGAUAAGUUGUUUAGAGGAUUCCCUCUCCAUUUCUUUUUGGCCAUUUCUUUGAUGCAAAACAUGAUCACAAAAAGGGUAUGACAGAGUAAUGAUUCGGCAAGGGUCUUCUAAAGGUUAUUCUAGUGAUGCAUUUGAGGCCAGGCUUAUAUUUGAGAUUUCUAAGAACUUGGUUGCUUCACAUGAACUAUAUUCCAUAUAAUUGUUUUGAUUCUUUUUGUUUUCUUGAUUUUAUUGUAAGAACUUCCAAAUGAUUCCCUGUAACUUAGUUUUGACAGCAUAAUUGUGUGUUUUCUCUCUGACUGCACGAAUCAGAGUUCUUAUAACUAAUAACUUACAUGCUAGCAUUAGACGUAUUUCAUCCUAGCUAUCAAGAAUGAUGAAUUCUUAAGAUACAGAAAACAAAAAAUGUUAUAAAAAUUAAGAUGCACAAAAUAACAUCCAAAAAGUGAAAACAUCCUAACAAAAUUGAGUUUCUAUUUGUGCAAUGCACGUACCUCUUUCGGAUUUCAACUCUGCAAAGAUUUCACCCUUGUCCUCGUUGCAGCGCACUUUGUUUUCAAAUUCUUCUAUUCGGCUAUCACCUACUUCGCCCUCAUUCCCGCAGGCGCCAGGCCACAAGAACGUUAUCGCCUGUCUCGGUGUCUUGAUUCAUUCAACUCUGCAAAGGCAUCAUCCUCGUCCUAGCUGCAUUGUACCUUGUUCUCAACUUCAUCCUUUCUGCUAUCACCUACCUCCUCCUUAUUUUCGCC